AGAAGUGCAGUAGUGCAGUACACAAUGGCAUUCCUCACCGCCAAGUGUUCGUCCGCCCUGCUCCUCCUGUUCGGCCUGUCCGUGCCCCUGGCGGCGUGCCACGGCGCCGCCCACAACAUCACCGCCAUCCUCGCGGCGCGCCCGGACCUCGGCGAGUUCACCAGCCUGCUGGCGUCCACCGGCCUCGCGCACGACAUCAACCGGCGCAACGCCCCCAUCACGGUCCUCGCCGUCGACAACGCCGGCAUGGCUCCGCUCAGGGCGCGUCGCAUGCCACGCGCGGCGAUACGGCGCCGCCUCUCGCUCCACGUCCUCACCGACUACGACGGCGCCAGGCUGCGUAGCCUCCCGCCAGGCGGCUCCGCGGUGGCGUCCACCCUGUUCCCGGCCUCCCGCUCCGGGGCCGGGGCCGACGGCAUGGUGAAGAUCGUCAUGCCCGGGCUCGGGCUCGGUGACGAGGGGCGAGCGAGGUUCCUGCCCAUGGGCUCCGGCCCCGGCUUCUGGCAAGCCGCCUUCUUCGUCAGGUCCGUGCACGAAGCGCCUGGCGACAUGUCGGUGCUGCAGGUCUCCGCCGUGAUGUCGGCCGGAGGCCCGCGCAAAGCUGCUGAUUAAUGCCGUGUUAGACUUUGUAACGUAGCUUAAUUGUGUAAUAUGUAUAUUGUGUAUCAUUAUAAAUAUAUAUGUGA